AUGAAUAAAAAUAUUUGUCAACAGUUCAAAUCUGUACGAACUUAUUUUCCCGAUGAAUUGAAAGAUGAUGGAAAUUAUAAUUUUUUAUAUGAUGGUCAACAUUUCAAAAAGUAUUGUAAUAAUAAUAGUUGUGAUAAUAAUCUCGAACAAAUUAAUUCUGCAUGUUUACAUUUGUUUAAUGCAUUAUUUGGGGAUCAUAAUGCGUUUAAAGAUAAUUCAAAAAAUAAUAUCGAUGUUGUUUAUUACAUUAUUAUAUGGUUAAGUUAUAUGUUAAGCCUAAAAGAAAACGGAAUCAAUAAAUUAAACGACUUCUAUACUAAGCAUAUAGAAAAAAAUACGCAUUAUACAAAUACAAUAUAUGGUGUUAGUGCUUAUAAUUGUUAUAAGAAAAUCAUAGAUCAAAAAAAGGAUUUGUUGGAUAUGAAUAAUAAUAUUAUAUCUAAUUUUUAUAAAGCAUUUAAAUCAUUAUGUGAAAUGUAUUCUACAUUUGGUGGAAACACGUCAAAUUGCAAAAAAAUUUCGGAUAAAGCUAAUCAAUUUUUUGAAGAAUAUAAAGAACUUAAUAACUAUUCUGAUAUUACUAAAGGUCGUCCAUAUUAUAAAUUAUUGUCUACACUAUCUAAUGAUUAUGAUAAUUUAAAAAAUAUAUGUAAAGAUGCUCAAGGAAGCAAGUUUCCAACACUUCCAGAGAUAAACACACCGAAAGAUACUAUAAAAAUUCCUGAAGAAACUUCUGAACAAAAAUUUGAACAAAAAUCUGCAACUAAUUCUGCACAAAAUUAUGAUAUUAGAUCAUCAAGUUCGUCGAUAGUAAGCAAAUUAAUUCCAGUUGUAUCGAUAUUUGUUGCAAUCUCAAUUUUUUUGGGAAUUUCUUAUAAGUAUUCAUUAUUUGGAUUUCGGAAACGAUCUCAAAAACAUUUAAGAGAAAAGCUAAAAAAAUAA